AUGAUCAAUUCUUAAACAAAAAAAAAAUUGCUUAAACUCUUCAAUAAAUUAGAAGAAUCAGAGAUCCAUUCUGAAUCCAUGAGAUAAAUUCUAUGUUCAUAAGAGGAUUUUGAACCAUAUUCAAUUUUUAAGAAAAUUUCCAAUUCUGGAUAUAUAAGCUCCUAAGAAAUCUACAAUUUAUUACAAUAAAAUGGAUUGAUAGUAUAGCUUGAAUAAGUGAGUCCUAUAAUAAAAUGGUAUUCAUAGAAAUGUGAUAAUCGACUCACAUAUGGUGAUUUUUUAUAAAUAGUACUUCCAGCCAAUAAUCUCGAAUUAAGAAAGUUAGUAUCACAAAAACCUACGUUUAUUAAAGAUUUAUCUUAUGAAAUAGAGUAUGGAGUAUGCAGAAUAUUUUAUAAAGAAAUUCAAAUUGCUGAUGAAAUUCAACUCUAUAAAUAAGAUCUAAUUUAGACUCCAGAUUUUGAUUAUAGAAUAGCUUUUCAAACAAUUGAUCAAUUCAAUUCAGGAUUUAUUUAAUAAGAUCUUUUAGAACACUUCGUUAAUAGAGAUUGUAAUGACUUAAUGAGAAGAUUAGAUUAAAAUAGAGAUAGUUAAAUAGAUCUUGAAGAUUUUAGAAUUGCUCUAGAACCUCAAUAUGGUAAUAUUAAUUCUUAGAAAUCAACAACAUCCACUGUUACUUCAGUUAAAUAAAUAGAAGUUUAAAAUCAAUUUCCAAAUAGGAGAGCAAAAUAAAGUGUAGCAAAACAUAUAGAUAGAAAUAAAAAAAUAGUAUAAUAGAAAAAAGUUCAAUCUUAUGAUAUGGAUUAUUUGGCUGAAGCCUUAAAAAUUAUUUCAGAAUUAGAAUAUGAAAAUGAAUUUAGAAAGGAAGAGUUAGGAUAUCUUUAAUAUGACUUUUUAGAAUUAUUUUCUUUUUUUGAUUAAGAUAAAACAAGUAAGUUGGCUCCUGGUGAUGUUAAAGCAGCUUUAGAAGAGUUGGAAAUAUAUCCAACUCAAUCAUAGUUAUAUUUAUGGAUGAAACGAUAUGAUAUAGACAGAGAUGGAAAAUGGAACAUAAGAGAAUUCUUAACUGCAUUUAAACCAAUUAAUUAUUAAAAAAUCAAUAUUAGAUAGUUAGAUAAAGAAAUUCUUAAUGCAAUUAAGAAUGUCAUCAAAACUGAAAUUGAAAAUGAAGUUGCCAUUGAAUGUCUUAGAAAAAAACUCUCUCAAAGACCAAAUUUUAAUCUUAAAACACUAUUUACUCUCAUUACUUCAAAUCAAAUUAUUCUUGAAUAAGAAUUAAAAACCUUUCUAGAAAAUCAUGGAGUUUAUCUAGAUGAUAAAAAUCUAGAAUUAUUAAUGAGAAGGUUUGAUAGGAAUGAAUAAUAAUAUAUUACUUAUAGUGAUUUCCUUAAUGAAAUGUAACCUAAAUAACCAAAACCUUGA